UAUAGAGCAAACAUGAAUAGUUAUUAAAAAUCUUAACUUCGUUCUACGCUGAUACGCUAUUACGUUACGGUUUCUGUGACCCGAGGAAUGUGCACUAAUGUUUUCAGAGUCACUUUAACACGAAACAGGAAACUCAUGAAUAAUCACGUGUGCUCCGCCCAGCGUCAGCUUAGUUUAUCUGGCGUCCAAAACAUCUAGGCUAUCUAAUUUCGCUUUCAUUUUGUUUGGAUAUAUAGGCAAAAUGAGAACAAAAUCCACAAUAUCGACUCUCUUUUUGUUGUGGUGAAAAUGAAGUUUUUAUAUUUUUUGAUUUUGUGUUUAUUUUUUGUGCCAGGUGCAUAUGAUGAUGUUGAUACAGAUAAAGUGUCAGUGUCAGUGAUGGAGGGAGAUUCAGUCACGCUACAGACUGAUGUUAAAAUAAAUCAACAAGUCAGAAUGACAUGGUAUUUUAAUGACAUUCGCAUCGCUCAAAUCAAUGGAGAUCUUCAUAGGAUCUGUGUAGAUGAUCUGUGUAAAGAGAGAUUCAGAGACAGACUGAAGCUGGAUCAUCAGACUGGAUCUCUGACCAUCACAAACACCAGAAACACAGACUCUGGAGAAUAUACACUACAAACCAUCAAUAAAAGAGUAAUUCAAAAGAUCUUCAGUGUUGCUGUUCGUGGUUCAUCUGGUGUUGGAUCAGAGGGAGUGUCAGUGUCAGUGAAGGAGGGAGAUUCAGUCACUCUACAGACUGAUGUUAAAAUGAACCAUCAAGACAGAAUUAGAUGGUAUUUUAAUGACACUCGUAUCGCUGUAAUCAGAGGAGAUCUCAGUUUUAUCUGUACAGAUGUUCAGUGUAAUGAAGGUACUGAGAGAUUCAGAGACAGACUGAAGCUGGACAAUCAGACUGGAUCUCUGACCAUCACGAACAUCAAAAACACAGACUCUGGAUUUUAUCAACUACAGAUCAUCAGGAGGAGAAUCAUUCAAAAGAUCUUCAAUGUUGCUGCUAAUGAUGUUCCUGCUGAUGAACAAGAUGAGUCAGUGAAGGAGGGAGAAUCUGUCACUUUAGAUCCUGGUGGAAUAAAAAGCCCAUAUUAUGUGAUGAUGUGGUAUUUUAAUGACAUUCUCAUUGCUGAAAUCAUUGUAAAACCCAAUAAGACCUAUAUCAGUGUUCACUCUGAAGAUAGUGAUGAGAGAUUCAGAGACAGACUGAAGCUGGAUCAUCAGACUGGAUGUCUGACCAUCAUGAACACCAGAAACACAGACUCUGGACUCUAUAAACUACAGCUUGUCUACAGCAUCCACAGCCACCACAACAUCAGCAUCACCAGUGUAAAGAGAUUCAGCAUUACUGUUAUUGAUUCGACUCUGCCUUUGGGUCUUAUAGUAGGAAUAGUUGCUGCUGUUGUUAUUGGUGUCCCACUGGUGGCUGCAACUGUAGUUUGUUUAUAUCACUUGUUCUUCAAGGGGAAACUUAAAAGCACUGAAAUAUUAUGACGUGCAAUUUUUCUUCUAAAUGAAUGGUGGUGUGAAUUUUAUAUCAGUAGGAUGGUAGGGCCCUGCUUUAGUGCCAGGAAAAUAAAUUUACACUGUUACACGGUUAUCAUAACCGUGUGAUGGAGAUUAUUUGCCUUCACUGGAAUGCUCUACCAGUCCAGACUUUUAGCAGAAGCAGGAAGUGAAUCUUAAAAUGAAUGCUUAAAAACAUUUUUUCACAACAUCAAUUUUCAAAAACAGCUUUUGUAAUUUUUUUUUUUUUUUUUUUUUUGUAACCUUUAACUUUGUAUGUUUUCUUGUAUUUUCCAGUUAUUCAGACUACUGGUCAAAAGUUUGAAAUAAUUAACAUUUUUAAUGUUUACAUGGAAAAACAAUGGAAAAGUACACUAAAAACAAUAAUAUUGUGAAAUGUUAUAACAAUUUUCUAUUUGAAUAUAUGUUA